AUGAGGGUUAAGGUAUGUGCUUUCGACUCCCUCCUGCUCCCACAGGUGUUCAGGGAAGGGUGCCUCAUUGCGCGCACCGUGUACCUCGGGCUCUUCUCCGACUUCCCCGCCCUCCAUGCUCACAUCGCUGCCAUGUUUGGUCCGGCACUCAAGGCAGGCAGGGAAGGGGGGGCACGUGCACAUGGUACUGAGGGUAAGGGCAGCGGUGGAGAUGAGGGUGGAGCUGGUGCAGUGGGCACUGCUGCUGGAACGGGUGGUGCUGGUGGGACGGGCGGUGCUGGUGCUGCUGGUGACACGGAAAAUGGUGGAGACGCGCUGGCGGGGUGGCGCUUGGUGUACGAAGACAGCGAUGGGGACACGCUGCUUGUGGGCGAUGGCACAUGGACGUGA